AAGGCUGAGCAGAACCAGGAACCUCGAUGUGAUACUCGACAAACAACAUUCCCUCACUGCCAACAUCACAGCAACAACAUCUUCAUGUAGAUAGAUGCUGAAGAACAUCAGGAGAACACUCUGCAGGCUCUGGUCAUCUCACCUGCCAGCGCCAUCCGACCUCCGGCUCAGCUGGUCCAACCUAAAUUAACCUGCACUACUCCGCUCCCUUCACUCCCGUUACUAGUGCUCUCCCCACAUCUGUUUCAAACCGUUGGUAUUGGUAUUUGCGUACCGUGCGGCGAAACGAUCAGGUCCAGUCUUUUUCCAGAACGUAGUCGAACCUCACGUCCCUGCCCUCUCUCUCCGCUCUGCAUCAAUCUGCUUGUUGCUCCCUCACCGACAGCUAAACCCUCUACAACAUCCCAACUGCUGUUCUGGAAUGAGCUCCCCGAUGACAUCAGGACAGCAGAACGCUUGGGCUCUACCGACUAUACCUGGACUCGUUAGCACUUUAUUAGCAUUUAGGAAGGGACUUACUUAUAGCACUUUCAAAGUUUGGCCUUCUUGAAGAGUUUCCCCUUGAUUGAAUGCACUUUUAAUCACUUUGUCACUUUGUAUAAAAGCUAAAUGAUAAAUGUUAAAUGUAUGAACUUUAUAUACCAUCACACUAGACCAGAAGACUUUAACUGUUAGCAAUUGUGUGCUUGUGUAACGCUUUCUGUUACAGUGGCAUAAAUAAUGCAGAAUCCAUCGUUCCUUCAGGUCAAAGGUUGUCUCGUCCUCAACCGGCGAUGGCUCUGAUCUCUCUGGAAGACCUUGACGCAUUGGACGACGAUCAGCUGGACAAUGACAUCACUGACAACCGAGAACCAAUGGAUGAAGACGAGAGAGAGCGCCUGCUGACACACUGGCGGGCGGUGGCCAGUACCCACCAUGUGUCUGUGGCUCCAGAGAUGACUGGACCCAUACAGGAAAUGACCCAUAACAACCAGCAGAGGGAGACGUUGCCCUUCACACCAGUCUCCUGCCACGAGAAGAUGGGGGAGGUUUUGUAUGAAGAACGUCUGUAUCCAGCUGGUCACUGGGCCUGUGUGACGAAAGGAGAAGAUCUGUAUGAACAGAGCAUCUCUGUGAGCUUCAUGAAACUGAUGCGCUUCAUCUGUAAAGAAAACUCUGCAGGCAGAUAUCUGGGCAUUACGGUGCCGGUGGUUACAAACAUCCACAUGAUGGAGGAUGGAAAUGCGCUGAAGAAAGACGUCCAGACGGCCUACUUCCUGCCCGCAGAGUUUCAGACCAAUCCCCCCCAACCCUUGGACACUGACAUCACCAUUGUGUACAGAGAGCCAAUCAGAGUCAUUGCCAGGACGUUCUUCGGGAUGACAACAGAGGAGACCGUGGCCGGUGAGAUCCGCCUGCUGUGGGGGAUACUGGGUGUCACCGACAACAUCUGCAGAGACUGGUACAUGGUCGCCUCGUACGAGAACCCUGGCGUCCCCAGACGCAGGAACGAGAUCUGGUUCCUCAAACGGAACCUGUAGACACGUUCCCAUCAUCCACUUCUCCUUUAUCUUCUACCCCACUCUGUUUCAUUUUUUACAUCAGUGACCAAUCAGUGCAAGUUUUAUUUGUCAUUAAGUCCCACCUAUCAAGUACAAUUAGAAGGUCUUUCCAACUAACUGACACCCCAUUGGCUCAUACAUUCAUGUGAUCUUAUGUCAUAUCAAUCUCUGAUUGGCUCUGGCUUGAACAGAUACCCAAGAGUCCGUUCAACACUUAAAUAAACUCCCGUUGGUUGUUGUUCAGGUCGAGGUCUGCCUGGUCCUGGUACGAUCCGGCUCUACAAUAUAUGUUGUUUGAGGUUUCAGUUUCAAGUGAGGAAAGAAAGAAAGUGAAUAUUUUUGUAAAGGAGAAACUGGAAAGUGGUUGUUAUUUGAGGAUUAAAUAUUAAAUAUUGUGUUUUUGUUCUUCA